CCAGGGGGCCGCGCCCCGGCCCCCCCCGGGGGGGCCACCGCCGGGAUCGGGCGCGCCGCGCGCCGCGCGCGCGGCCCCCCUCCGCGCUCCAUGGCGGUCUCGCUGGGGCUGCCGUCGCGCACCGACCUGGAGGCACCCGAGGAGAAGUUCCUGCCGGCGGAGCCAGCCUCUGCCGCCAAGGGGGCCCGCGCGUGGUGCCGCUACUGCCCACGCUGCUGCCGCAGGCGGCCUUGCGAAUGGGCGCCCCGGGGGCCAGGGCCUCCUCGCGGACUUGGCGGCGGCCGGAGGGCGGGCCGCCGCGAGCGCGCGGGAGGUCUCGUCCUUCCGGCCCCCGGAGGCGACGCCCGAGCCCGGCGGCGCCGGCGGCGGCGAGGAGUGCUACACUCUGUUGGAGACGCCCCGCGGAAAGAGGCCCAGUGCGCCGCCGGCGAUGUCCAUCGGCCCGCCGGCAGGGACCGUCCGACAGGAGGCGGAGGAGGAGUUCUACGACGCCUGCAGCGAGGCGGCGAGCGAGUGCAACAGCCCGCGGGGGCAGCCCGGCUGCAGG